AUGCGGGUGAGGCUGAAGAGCGUCUUUGUGCUGUACCUCGUGGUGUCGCUGCUGGGGCUGCUCUGCGCGCUGCUGCAGCUCGGGCAGCCCUGCGACUGCUCACGGAGGAGUGGGGGGGGGUUAAAGGAAGGGAUGCGGGACCCCCCCCCCACCCCCAUCGCAGCUGGGGGAGAAGCGCUGCCCACCAUCUUCGUGGUGACCCCCACCUACGCCAGACCUGUGCAGAAGGCCGAAUUGGUGCGGCUCUCCCAGACGCUCCUCCACGUCCCGUCGCUGCAUUGGUUGGUGGUGGAGGACUCCGCAGCCCCCACCCCAUUAGUGGGGGGGCUUUUGGCCUCCAGCGGGCUCAGUUACACCCACCUUUACGCCCCGACCCCCCCCGGAAAGCGUCGCAAACCCGGGGACCCCCCCUGGCUUCGCGCCCGGGGGGUGGAACAGCGGAACCGAGCGCUGCGAUGGCUGCGGGAAACGCGGCGGCCCGGAGAGAGCGGCGUGGUUUACUUUGCUGAUGAUGACAACACGUACAGCCUGAGGCUCUUCCAGGAGAUGCGCAGUACCCGGGGGGUCUCAGUCUGGCCGGUGGGGCUGGUGGGGGGGCUGCGUUUCGAACGGCCUUUGGUGGAGGGGGGGCGCGUGGUGGGCUUCCACACGGCCUGGAAACCCGAGCGGCCCUUCCCCCUGGACAUGGCGGGGUUCGCCGUGGGGCUGCCCCUCUUAUUGGCCCACCCCGGGGCACGUUUCGACCCCGAGGCUGAGAGGGGGUACCUGGAGAGCAGUUUGCUUGGGGGGCUGGUGACCCCCGCCCAGCUGGAACCCAAGGCUGACAACUGCACACAGGUGCUGGUGUGGCACACGCGGACAGAGAAACCCAAACUGCGGCAGGAGGAGCAGCUGCAGCGCGAGGGGAGGGGGUCCGACCCCCACAUCGAGGUCUGAAGGACCCCCCGCCCCACAACCCCCCCCCACCCACCCCAGUGGGUGUAUUUAUUUGGGGGGGGGGGGAAUCUCCGAUUUUUCUGGGGACCCCCCCCCCCCAUAUUUCCUCUGCAAUAAAAUAACUGUGCUCUGUC